AUGGAUAACGAUCAGUCGCAGAACCCUGUGUAUGGCUACCAGCAACAGCCACACAUGUACCAGGAACCAUAUCAGGAGCCAUACCAGCCCGGUCAGGACCCGUAUCAGGUCUACGCCCCUCAGCAAAGUCAAUACAACCUCGCGCCAGAUCCAUAUGGGGCACCGCUGCAACGCAGCUACACGCCAGUCGGCCAACCAGACUACCAGGGCCCGAUGACUCCGGCUGGAUAUCAGCCUCCACAGACCAAGACUCCCGAAAAUGCAGACUACUACAACAACCACCCAUAUCACCCAGAUCAACCACAGUGCGCAUCAUCAUCAAGCCAACCACCCGCUGUCCAUGUAUCAGAGGCAGAAGAUACUCAGCGCGGAAUGGACGAAGGUUCAGAUCGGGGUUUGGCAGGCUCGCUGGCCGGUGGGGCAGCGGGGUAUUACCUCGGGCACAAGAAAGAGCACGGUCUACUGGGAGCAAUCGGAGGCGCACUGCUGGGCAACUUCCUGGAAGAUAAAGUGAAGGAGCGCAAGGACAUCACCGUAGUCAUUCCAGGCACAGUGGGCACUCGCAUGGCCAUUCUCACAGCUCGCGACACAGCAGUCAUUCUCACGGUAGUCAUUCCAGACAUCGUGGCGAAGAUGAAUAUUAGGGAUUAG